AUGGCCGUCGAUCUCACCACCGUGCCGUUGACUGCACUCACAAAUGAAUCUCGUAGUAUAUUAUCUUCUCUUUUAAACCCAAGAAAAGUUUUGCCGAUCAUCGGUCCUGAUGGUCUACCAAGACACAGAGAUUGGAGAGGCCUAGCAUCACUCGCUCAAAUAUCUACAGAAGUUGCAGCUAGUAUAAAUGAUUAUGCCGACAAAACAGCCAGAGUGUUGGACAUAUGGUCCCAACGAAUAGAUGGGUUGGCAACUGUGGGAACACUUUUAAGUUUUCUGCAAUUAUUGGACAGAUUCGAUGCAUGUGAAGACUUAGUGGAAUUACACAGACAAGACAAGCUUAUAGUGAGAGGAGGAGGUCAACAGAUUGUAUCAUGGGAUGGCGAUGAUAGAGACCUGAUAACUUACGAUGACAAACUGUUGGGAUUUCCACAGAAGUAUCACGCUUAUGUGUUGUAUGCAAGGGAGGAUAAGGAGUUUGUGGAUGAAGUGGUCAGCCGGAUGAAGACGCAAGGGCUGAAGAUGUGUACAGAAGAAGAUCUUCUAGUGGGUCAUGCUACUAAAGUAGCGCCAGUUUCCCGCCUCAUACUGGAGCGGUGUCGGUACAUAGUCCUCAUAUACUCACCAGACUUCCUCAGGAGUCCGGCAAUCACCUUCUAUACGAAUUUGGCCCAAGCUGAUGCUAUUAAUAAACAACAAAUAAAGUUGAUACCGAUAAUGUACCGCGAGUGCUCGCUGCCGGAGCUGCUGGCGCAGUACCACCGCCUGUACUACAAGACGCGCGGCGAGAUCAACUCCUACUUCUGGUACCGUCUCUCCGACUCGCUCCGCAUCGUUAACACGCCUAGAAUAGAGUACAACAUGAGCAACUCAACGUACUCCUCGAUGAGCAUCAACGAGCUAUCCAAUAGUAAGAGCGUCAAAAUGAACGGCUUUAAGGAGGACUUGCAACAACUCGCCCUGCCCUCUGUACCCACAGACACAUCAUCUAUGAAUGAUCUGCACAAACUUCACAAGGACCCAGCAUCCACAGAAGAGACCAAAUCACUAAGUAAUACGAGUCAAACCGAUAAAAAGAAGAAGAAAACGAUUGGUGCCAGAAUUAUAAAUACAUUGAAAGGGAAAAAAACACAAAAAAAUUGCCAU